CCGUGUUGAAAUAUAAUUGAAUUAGUCAUCUUCCAACUAUUCCUGAUUAGGAAUUAUUAUCACCAUUACAUAAAUAAUCAGGAAAUCAUAAUUAUGAUUCUAGAUGAUAAUUGUGUGGUUCACAAUUAUCCUCUAAUCCUAUGAAGCUUAACUUUUCUCCUAUAAAUAGGAGGCUUCUCCAUUGUAAUUAACACACCAUGGUUACACCAUUAUCACACUCUCAAUAAUAUAAUCUAUCACUAAGUGUUCAUACUAUAUUUCUCUCCCUGAUCUUCUGAUUAUUUCCUUCCAUAUUAUAACACGUUAUCAGCACGAAUUUGCUCCACAUCCUUGAAAUCAUCAUCUUCCUAGCAGAUAUGGAGUUAACUAAAAUUUCUUCAAGUGGCUCUGAACAAUGUCUAAUAGACAGUGCCACAACGCACACCAUUUUGAGACAUAGAGAUUAUUUUUCUCAUAUGACAUUAGUUGAUGCUAAUGUCAAUACAAUCUCAGGUGUUGCUAAACUCAUUGAAGGUUCUGGAAUAGCCUGUGUGAUUCUCCCAAAAGGGACAAAAUUAAUAAUUAAAGACGCUUUAUACUCCAGUAAAUCACGGAGAAAUCUUUUGAGCUUUAAAGAUUUGCGUCUAAAUGGUUUUCAUAUUGAAACCAUGUCUAAAAAUCAGAAGGAAUAUUUAUGUCUAACGACAAAUAGAUCUGGCAAUAAAUACAUUUCUGAAAAAAUGCCAGCAUAUUCCUCGGGAUUGUAUUAUACAUAUAUCAGUCCAAUUGAGAUAAAUGUGGUAUCUAAAAUUUAUGACCACAAUUCUUUUAUCUUGUGGCAUGACCGUUUAGGUCAUCCAGGCAGCACUAUGAUGCACAAAAUUAUUGAAAAUUCACUUGGACAUUCAUUAACUAAUGUCAAGAUUCCACAAUCAAGUGAUUUUCCAUGCACUGCCUGUUCUCUUGGCAAAUUAAUUAUCAGGCCAUCUUUAUACAAAAUUGGAGUUGAAUCUCCUGCAUUUUUAGAAAGAAUUCAAGGAGAUAUUUGUGGGCCAAUUACCCCUCCGUGUGGACCGUUUCGAUAUUUUAUGGUGCUCAUUGAUGCAUCAACACGUUGGUCACAUGUCAGUCUUUUAUCGACUAGAAAUUUUGCAUUUGCAAAUCUCCUUGCUCAAAUUAUUCGUUUGAGAUCACAAUUUCCGGAUUAUUCGAUAAAGAAAAUCCGACUUGAUAAUGCAGGAGAAUUUACAUCCCAAUCUUUUAAUGACUAUUGCAUGUCAAUUGGGAUUGAUGUGGAACAUCCAGUUCCACAUGUACAUACACAAAAUGGUCUUGCCGAAUCCUUAAUUAAGCGAUUACAAUUAAUUGCUAGACCAUUAUUGAUGAAAUCCAGAUUACCAUCAUCUGCAUGGGGAUAUGCUAUAAUGCAUGCUGCAAAUUUAAUUCGGCUUAGGCCAACGGCAUAUCAUAAAUUUUCCCCAUUACAAUUAAUAUCUGGUAAAGAACCAAAUAUAUCACACCUAAAAAUAUUUGGUUGUUCUGUGUAUGUACCAAUUGCUCCACCUUAUCGUACUAAAAUGGGUCCUCAAAGAAGGCUGGGAAUUUAUGUUGGUUUUAAAUCACCCUCAAUUAUUAAUUAUCUAGAACCUAUGACCGGUGACUUAUUCACCGCGCGGUUCGAUGACUGUCAUUUUGAUGAGACAGUAUUCCCAGCCUUAGGGGGAGAUAUUAAAGAAAUGGACCCACGUACGAAAGAUAUUACUUGGAAUGCAACAAAUUUAUCUUUUCUUGAUUCUCGCACGAAUGCUUGUGAACAAGAAAUUCAAAAGAUUAUUCAUUUACAAAAUGUUGCAAACCAAUUGCCUGAUGCUUUCACAGACUCAAAGAAAGUGACAAAGUCACAUGUUCCAGCUAUGAAUGCUCCUUCUCGAAUAGAAAUUCCUGCGGAGAUUAGCGAAAGAACACUUGCUAAUGAAUCUAUGAUACGUAAAAAACGUGGUAGACCACUUGGUUCAAGAGAUUUGAAACCAAGAAAAUUUAAACAGCAAGUUGUAGUUUGUGAUGCCAAAGAAGUUCAACCUUCUCAAGAAGAAAAUGAACAUUUUGAAAAUAUCGGCCUUGAAGAUAACAUCAAUAAUAAUGAUACCUCAAAAGAGGAUCCAAUCACCUUCGAAGAGGUAAAUAUUCCAGAUAAAGAUAGAAACGUCGAUAAUUUUGAAAUUUCAAUCAAUUACGUUUCUAAUGGAAUACAAUGGAAUAGAAAUGAUAUUGAUGUUAAUGAUAUAUUUUCAUAUGCCAUCGCCACAGAUAUAAUGAAUGAACACGAUGACAAUGAGCCUAAAUCUAUUGACGAAUGUCGUCGUAGAAAUGAUUGGCCAGAAUGGAAUGAAGCAAUUCAGGUAGAAUUAAAAUCGCUAGAAAAGCGUAAUGUUUUUGGACCAAUUGUCCAUACGCCAAAAGGCGUAAAACCUGUCGGUUUUAAAUGGGUUUUUGUGCGUAAACGUAACGAGAAAAAUGAAAUCGUUAGAUACAAAGCCCGACUUGUUGCCCAAGGUUUUUCUCAAAUGCCAGGAAUCGAUUAUGAUGAGACGUAUUCUCCAGUAGUUGAUGCUACAGCUUUAAGAUUUUUAAUUGGCAUGUCUGUUUUUGAAAGGCUGCAAAUGCGCCUCAUGGAUGUGGUGACCGCAUAUUUAUACGGUUCACUCGAUACAGACAUAUAUAUGAGAAUUCCUGGAGGCUUUAAAAUACCUGAUGCUUAUAGCUCGAAAUCUCGAGAUUUAUUUUCCAUAAAAUUGCAAAAGUCAUUAUAUGGAUUAAAAAAAUCUGGACGCAUGUGGUAUAACCGUCUCAAAGAAUAUUUGAUUAAAGAAGGGUAUAAAAAUGAUCCUAUUAGUCCAUGUGUUUUCAUUCAGCGAUCCGAAUCAGGAUUUGCCAUAAUUGCAGUAUAUGUUGAUGAUUUGAAUAUAAUCGGAACUCCUAAUGAAAUUGAAAAUACUGCAAAAUAUCUCAUGAAAGAAUUUGAAAUGAAAGACCUUGGGAGAACAAAAUUUUGUCUCGGCAUUCAAAUUGAACAUUUGAGAAAUGGUAUUUUCAUCCACCAAUCAAAUUAUACCGAGAAACUUUUGAAGCGAUUUUACAUGGAUAAAGCACAUCCGCUCAAUUCUCCAAUGGUGGUUCGAUCUCUCAAUGUGCAUGAUGAUCCUUUCCGACCUUGUGAAGAUGAUGAAGAAAUCCUUGGUCCCGAAAUACCAUAUUUGAGUGCUAUUGGAGCAUUAAUGUAUUUGGCUAAUAAUACUCGACCAGAUAUUGCUUUUUCUGUAAAUUUAUUAGCCAGGUACAGUUCUUCCCCAACAAGAAGGCAUUGGAAUGGUGUCAAACAUAUAUUCCGAUAUCUCAAUGGUACAAUCGAUCUUGGAUUGUAUUUCAAGAAUGGUGCAAAUGCCACUUUAAUUGGCUACGCGGAUGCAGGAUACUUGUCUGAUCCACAAAAGGCAAAAUCACAAACAGGAUAUUUAUUCACCUAUGGUGAUACCGCUAUAUCAUGGAGAUCAAUGAAGCAAACAUUAACUGCAACAUCAUCAAAUCAUGCAGAAUUAAUUGCUCUUUAUGAAGCAGGUCGUGAGUGUGUCUGGUUGAGAUCAAUGAUCCAGCACAUACAAAAUGAAUGCGGUAUAAAAUCUUUUACUUCUAAUCCUACUGUGAUUUAUGAAGAUAAUACAACAUGUAUAGCUCAGAUCAAAGGAGGUUACAUCAAAGGGGACAGAACAAAGCAUAUAGCACCAAAACUUUUCUCCACACAUGAUCUUGAGAAUGACGGAACGGUUGAUGUCAAACAAAUCAAGUCAUGCGACAACCCUGCUGAUUUGUUCACAAAGUCAUUGGCACCAAAGAAAUUUGAAGAACUGGUCCAUAAAAUUGGAAUGUAUCGUCUUCGAGAUAUAUGUUAAAUUGAGGGGGAGUAAUAUAAUGCACUGCACUCUUUUUCCCUUCGUCAGGUUUUUAUCCCACUGGAUUUUUCUUGACAAAGGUUUUUAACGAGACAGUACAUUAUAAUACUAUGAAUCUAAUACCCCAGAAUAAUUAGAAGAUGACCAUUCAAGGGGGAGUGUUGAAAUAUAAUUGAAUUAGUCAUCUUCCAACUAUUCCUGAUUAGGAAUUAUUAUCACCAUUACAUAAAUAAUCAGGAAAUCAUAAUUAUGAUUCUAGAUGAUAAUUGUGUGGUUCAUAAUUAUCCUCUAAUCCUAUGAAGCUUAACUUUUCUCCUAUAAAUAGGAGGCUUCUCCAUUGUAAUUAACACGCCAUGGUUACACCAUUAUCACACUCUCAAUAAUAUAAUCUAUCACUAAGUGUUCAUACUA